CUGAGCAGAAUUUGGCUCAGUUCACCUGCAGCCUUCGCCGCGUGAGCUACACAUUUAGUGGGACCAAACAAUAAUCCAAACCGGAGCAAGAGUUUGAAGCCAGUGAACUGAACCAUCAGUGAAUACAAAACAUCUUAAGAGUCCAGUACCCAACAGGGACAACAAACAGCACACAAACCAGUCAGCAAAAUGGAUCUGUUACCUGAGCAGGUUGACAGCACCAUGACAGAUAACGACUGGGAAGACUUGCUGUCUAUUCUCAAGUCGACUGGAGUAGAUUUAGUGGAUGAAGCGCCGAAUACUCUACCACCAUCUACUUCACCCCAACCUUCAACUUCACAUGCUCCUCUCAAUGCUGAGACGGAGCUCCAGGAGGCUGACUGUGGUGUAGCAGACAAUUCCUGGGAAGACUUGCUGUCUAUUCUCAAGUCGGCUGGAGUAGAUUUAGUGGAUGAAGCGCCGAAUACUCUACCACCAUCUACUUCACCCCAACCUUCAACUUCACAUGCUCCUGUCAAUGCUGAGACGGAGCUCCAGGAGGCUGACUGUGGUGUAGCAGACAAUUCCUGGGAAGACUUGCUGUCUAUUCUCAAGUCUGCUGGAGUAGAUUUAGUGGAUGAAGCACCUCACACUCCACCUUCAACCUCACCUCCUCCUGUCAAUGCUGAGAAGAGGCACAAUACCUACCCUCAACACCCACCCUCAGCACAACAAUCAUCCUCCAAAAUGGAUCCUCAAGAGUCUGACAAUAACGUUGCAGAUCAGAUCUGGGGAGAGUUGCACUCCAUUCUCAAGUCGGAUGGAUUUGAUCUUCUGGAUGACGCACCCGACCUGCUGCCUCUUUCACCUUCAUUUUCACCUUCACCUCCUCCUCCUGUCCAUGCUGAGCUGGAGGAGGGAGGAUAUGGUGGCUGUAGCUCCCUGGGAGCAGCUCCUCAGAGGGUCGAGCAGCAAAGUCAAUUGUUGACAGCUCCCCCCAUGAACUAUGCACCACGUCAAGAAGACAUGCAGCCAGGUCACCUGCACGGUCAGGCAGGUGCUUCCAGUCAGGGACAGCAACACAGCAUACCAGUGACGGGGUUCCUUGAAGGCAACCAGAGCCUGCGUUAUGUAGGACUGUGGAAUGGACAGCCGCUGUAUGAGAUUUGUGCUCCUGCUGUCGUUGCGGCUCCUCCAGCAGACGCGUCCAAAUCAAAAAAGAGAAAGCGUCAAAACCAGCAGGAGGGCGGUCAGUAUAUAAAGAAGCCCCCAAACGCCUUCAUGCUGUUCCUGAAGGAGCAAAGGCCACACGUUGAGGCCGAAAUCAGAAGCCGAGGGAAUGCGGCUGUAAACACGGUCCUGGGACAGAAGUGGAAGUCACUGUCACAGGAACAGCAGGCCACAUAUUACGAACAGGCCGACAGAGAAAGACGGCUCCACGCCCAGCAGCACCCGGAGUGGUCGUCCAGUCACAACUAUGGCAAAAAGAGGAAGAGAGAAAGAAGAAGGAAGCCCACCUGUGCUGAAGAUGAAACACAGCAGGCCAAGAAAGUGUGUGUGACUCCAGUGCAGACAGCAGUGAUGGAGGCCUUGGUCCCACAGACAGAUGUGUUUGAGCCUCACGCACACGCAGGUGCGUUCGAGCCUCACGCAUACGCAGGUGUGCUCGAGCCUCACACACAAACAGAUGUGUUCGAGCCUCACAGACACACAGAUGUGUUCGAGCCUCACAGACACACAGAUGUGUUCGAGCCUCACAGACACACAGAUGUGUUCGAGCCUCACAGACACACAGAUGUGUUCGAGCCUCACAGACACACAGAUGUGUUCGGGCCUCACAGACACACAGAUGUGUUCGGGCCUCACAGACACACAGAUGUGUUAGAGCCCAGCAUUCAGUAUGUGACGUUGUCCCUGCCUCCUGACUGGAUGUUCCAGCAACAGCUUCCAGUUCAUUCGCCUCCACCAACUCACACACAGACGUCUAUCAGCCAGUCACAGACAAGCUACCCAGCCAAUGACGGAGCAGCUCGAGCUCCUUCCAAUCACUGCACAGCCUCAGCUGCACAUGGACAGACUCAGUGUCCUCCGUAGCUUCUUUAUUAUUAUUAUUUACUUUUUUGUUUCUUAUCGUGUUCAUUUCUAAUUUCACUCAGUCUGUGUAAACUUGCAGCCUUUAACUGUUUUUUGGUUUUGCAAUUUUGCGGAAUCUGCUCAAUAAAAUGUA